AAGGGGGAAAGGGGGUGGAGUUGGAGAUCAACACAUAUAAACGAGACCUAUAUAAACAACAUUCCAAAACCAUAACCUAUGAAUUCAUUCAUUUUUCUUCAAUCUUUCUCUCUUCACCUUAUUAGAAUCAUCUCUUUCUAAAACUGAACCAAACUUCCACACAAAAGCUACUCAAAGAAAACAAAAACAAAAUAAAGAAAAAAAAUAUAUCCAAUUAUCUCCCCCUCUUCCCGUCUUCAAAAUCCUAGCAAAAAUCCCCGAGGAAAAAAAAAAUGCAAGCCAUGAAUUCACUUCUAAGUCAACAACAACAACAGUUACUUCAAGACGUCAUCUUCGAUCCGACGUCGUCUAACGACGAUUUCCUGGAACAAUUCCUCUCUUCAGUUCCUUCUUCUUCUCCUUGGUCAUGGGACCACCACAACAACCUCUCUUCACCGCCGCCGCAGCCGCAGCAUAACCUUAGCUCCGGCGAUGAUCAACAGCCAUCACUUCAGCCGCCGUUUCAUUACGACGAACAGGCUUCUUCUUUACUUGCUUCUAAGCUACGUCAACAUCAGAUCACCGGCGGCAGAGGCGCAGCAGCAGCUGCUGCUAAAGCACUUAUGAUGCAACAACAGCUUUUGCUUUCUAGAACACUCGCUGGAAAUGGACUUAGGUCUAAUGGAACCGGCUCUGGUGAUAAUGGACUGCUUUCUCAGCCUUUAAGUCUCGGUAAUAAUGGUGAACAAAACGACGGCGUUGCUAAUCAGGGUAAUGACAGUUCCGUUCAAGCUCUUUUCAAUGGAUUCACCGGAUCUCUUGGUCAAACCUCCAAUCAACCUCAACAUUUUCAUCAUCCUCAGGGAGGAUCGAUGCAAUCACAGAGUUUCGGAGCUCCGGCAGCGGCGGCGAGUGGUUCAGCUGGCGGCGGCACAACGGCGGCGCAACCAAAGCAACAAAGAGUUAGAGCUCGUAGAGGACAAGCUACUGAUCCACACAGUAUUGCUGAAAGAUUACGUAGAGAGAGAAUUGCUGAGAGAAUGAAGGCUUUGCAGGAACUUGUACCCAAUGCCAAUAAGACAGACAAGGCUUCAAUGCUGGAUGAGAUCAUCGACUAUGUCAAAUUCCUCCAGCUCCAAGUCAAAGUUCUGAGUAUGAGUAGAUUGGGUGGUGCUGCAGCUGUUGCUCCCCUAGUGGCUGAUAUGUCCUCUGAGGGAAGAGGUAACGGAACGGCAUCCUCAUCUAACAACGACACUAUGACGGUAACGGAGCACCAGGUAGCUAAACUGAUGGAAGAAGAUAUGGGAUCAGCCAUGCAGUAUCUCCAAGGAAAAGGCUUAUGUCUCAUGCCUAUAUCCUUAGCUACAGCUAUCUCAACUGCCACGUGUCACUCCAGGAACCCCAUGAUCCCUAACGGCAACAACCGAGGUGGUGGCGAGGCUGGUGGCCCAACCUCUCCUAACAUGUCGGCUUUGACUGUCCAGUCAAACACGAUCACUAACGUCGGAAUUGAUCCCUCCGUUAAAGACGCUACUGAAGCUUAAGCUAGCGUUUGGUCAUAGAUUUUAUGAAACCUGAAAAAAAAAAAAAAAGUUUUUGAUGUUGUGUUGAAAAAUAGUUUUUUGAAAGUUAUGUUUGGAGAUACAUUUUAUCUGGAAAAAAAGUUAAAGUUUUGAAAAAUCAUUUUUGGAACUUGAAAUUUUUUCUUUAAAAUGUUUUCUAAAACUUGGACAAAAAAAACUUUCAAAAUCUAUGGCCAAACAGGAGCUAAGAGUUUCUUUGGAGUUCUUUUAACGGCGUUGACUGUUUCACUGACCCGUUAUCUACGGAGAAGAAAAUGUGAAAAUAGUGCUGAUGGUUUCUCUUUUUAUCAGCCGUCAAGUCUACCAAAAUAAGGGUCUUUAGUCUUUAUCUUUUUUUUUUUUUUUUAUCAUGUAAAAAAAGAGAGAAAAAAGAAAGAAGAAGAGAGAACCAAGAAUGACAUCGUAUUUAGGUAGACUUGGCUUAAGUAAGCUUAGCUUAAGCUAACAACAGGAAUGCCAAUGCUCAGUGGCAACUAAGGACUCAUGUUUCUUUUAAUAUUUUCUUCUUAAUGAUGAUCUUUUUUAUUUA